AUGACAAUUGCUAACAAUUUGAUAUCUACUCUUUGGUGCUGAGAAACAAACUAAACACCUACAAAUGUGCAAGUAACAUUUCAAUAAGUAAUAAAUUAGUUACUGAACAGUAAAUUGAAAUAUAUUUGUUAUUUCAUAAGUGUACGUAACGCAAUAUAAUAAUGGCAACAGCAAUACAGGAUCGUACUAUUCCCACUAUGGAUACUUUGGUCAAAUAUGACAACCCGAUUUUGGAUACUAUUCGGCCAGAAAAGAUACGUAAAGAGACAGCACCAAAAAUUGGUGCAACAGUUUGUAAAGUUCAAACGACUCCUCUUACGGUUGAUAUGCGACGCGAGACUGCCGAUAUUCUGAAUAGGAUUUUGCCUCCAAAACAAUGGGAAGAAGAUGGUCAAACAUGGAUUCAACAAGUGUCGAGUACGCCAGCAACAAGGCUCGAUGUUAUUAAUUUGCAAGAGCAACUUGAUAUGAGACUACAACAAAGGCAAGCAAGAGAAACUGGUAUUUGUCCAGUACGCAGGGAACUUUACACGCAAUGUUUCGAUGAAAUAAUACGUCAGGUAACUGUAAAUUGCUCUGAACGUGGUUUACUUUUGCUUAGAGUUCGAGAUGAACUCAAAAUGACAUUAUCCGCAUAUCAGAUUUUGUAUCAAAGUAGUAUUGCUUUCGGUAUGCGCAAAGCUCUACAAGCCGAACAAGGAAAAGAGGAUUUAAUUGCUACCGCGGAUGAGCUACAGUUGCAAAAAAGUGACCUAGAGAAGACUGUUGCCGAAUUGAAGCAGAAAUUUGAACAGGCGCAAAAAAGAGCAGCUGAAUUAAGAGAAGCUGAGGAGAAGAAACAUAUGGAAGAAAUUCAAUUUCUUAGAAAAACAAAUCAACAGUUAAAGACACAACUAGAAGGUAUUAUUGCACCAAAAAGAUAAAAUUAUUAUAAAUUUAAUAAUAAUAAUUAAAAAAAAAAAAGAGUUUAUUAAUUUCUUACGAGUACUUUACCACAUUUUAUUUACCAUCAUGUAAUAAUAGAGCAAGUAUAAAGAUGUAUAUUUGCACUUAUAUAUAAAUUAUUUUAAAGUAAAUAUUAACAUAUUUUAUAAUAUUUAACACUAUCAUUGUUUCGGAAUCAUAUUUAUUGGUUAUGUUAUUUUUUCUGUACAUACAAAAGUAUUUUUUUUAGAUGUUUCAUUACUCGUUUAUUAAAAAUGACUUGAUUUGUAAAUUAUUUCAGUUAAGAUUGGCACUUUAUAUUUUUGUUAAUAUUCUGAUAAAUAAUGACGUUAUUGAAUUUAUUAUUGUCACUGUAAUGCUGACAAAAGAUAUACAAUUUAUCAAAAAAAAAUUAGUUUGUUUUUCAUUCAUGUAAUCUUACUACUAAUGCAAUCGAUUGGUCCCGCUACCUUAAUCACACUUUACACUACAGUUAAUGGUGGACUUGAUACAAUCAAUAUUUACUAUAUCAUUUUGCAUGUAUAAUUUCAAUGCAUCUUAAUAUUAAUAAUAUCGUCCGCUUUACUAAAACAAUUUACAUGAUACAUGUAAAACGACACUUUUAUAUUUAAAAGAAUUUUUUUUUCUUAUUACUGCCAGUAUGUAGAAAUUGAAUAAGUUACAUCUAAGAUAUAAACAAUAAUAUUAUCUUCCAUUUUCCUUCAUUUUGCUUUAUAUAUUGCAAUUUCGAACUAGUUUGCAUGAAAAUACGAGUACUAUCAAUUGAUAUUUGUCCAUGUAAUAAUCGGUUAUACAUAUAUCUAUAAUGCAAAAUUUUAAUACGAAAUUAUAUUUUAACAAAAUUAAAAUAUAAAUUCUACAUAUUCGAAUUAUUAAGUAUUUUUACAUUUCUUUUACAGAUUGCCCAGUUUUUUUUUGUUAGUAUAUAUUGAAUACAUGUUUCAUAAUACUAAUUAUAAUCGUAAUUGUUGUAUACAAUAAUACAAACGUUAUUCUUACAUUCCUGUAUUGUAAAAUAAAAUUUCAUCAGUUAUAAAAUAUAACAAACAUCAGCAUAAAUAAAUGAAAUCAAAUAAAUUUAAAAAACAAAUUCAUUAGUAUUAUAUUUAAAACAAUUUGAAAAUUGAAUACCCCUAUUCGUUAACUUUGCGGCAACUUUGACGAGAAAUUGAAUAAUAAUAUGGAAUAAAUUUGUUUCUAAAUGUGAAUAUCAUUAUAAAAUAAUUAUAUUCGAUAAUCAGGAUAAUACACAUAAGUUUAAAAUAAAUUCCAAUGUGGAUUACGAUAACUUUAUAUGACAUAUAUAUUAAUUUACUUACUUCUAAGGAAAAAUAAAUAAAAUACUUUACAUACCACGAUAACUAGAUGUGUUUUACAUUACUUUCAUUUUAAUGUUAGCUAAAUAUAACAUAUUUUACGUACACUUGAAACCAAUAUAAUAUUAUAUCAUAAUUUAAUAAAAACUUUCCGCUUGCACGUUAUUCCUAUGCAGUAACCAAAAUAUUAUUUUCUGUAUUUUACCUAAAUUGCUUAUAUUUUUUUAAAUAUAAGAA